AUGAUAAGUAGGAGGAAAGUCAAAAAGAAAAGGAUCAGGAAAAAUGCUUUAAAUGGCAACAAGCCGGAACCAUCUGUAAACUUAGGUAAUUUGCUGACUACAUAUCAAAAGAUAUGCAAGGAAUCAUGUUGUCCUCCAUCGCCAAAAGUCGUCACUGACCUUCAAAAGUAUAUUAACCUUAAUAAAUAUUUAGUUAGGUUUAUUAUAUAUCCUGACGCAAAUGUUAAGAAUUAUAUGCUAGAACCACUGAUCAAAUCAAUUAGAAAUGUCCAUUACACAUUUAUUAAAGAAUUAUAUUUAUGGAAAAUACCUCUUCAACAUAGUCAUACCGCAACUUUGGCAUUAAUGAUGGAAAAAGGAGACUAUAAAAUAACAACCCUAGAACUAGAGGAUUGCGAUAUUGGUGCUUAUUCUAUAGCUCGAUUAUCAAAAUCAUUUCAGAGUAACACUCUAGUCAAUCUGGUACUAGACUUCAAUGAAUUCGGAGAUGAAGGCGUUGAAGGCCUAUGUAAUGGAUUAAAGGGAAAUUCGAGCUUGAUUAAAUUAAGCUUAAAUUACUGUGGAUUGACUCAUAAGAGUGGGAAAAUUCUAUCUAAAGCAAUUUCAUCCACAGCAAUUAGAGAGGUUUAUCUAGACAGCAAUAAGCUAGGACCUGAAGGGGUUCGAAGCUUAAUUGAACCAUUCGUUGAGCAGUCGAUUAUCGAAGUUAUCGAAAGGCGGCAAGAAAAGGAAAAAAAAGAAGCAGAAGCUGCUAAACUAGCUGCAGAAGAAGGGACAAAGCGUCAGCAACAAUUAAUUAACGAAAUGAAGAACGCAAGUAAUCCUCGUAAAAGCAUAACAUCAAGGAGUGCACUUUUACCGCUGGCGGCGAGAAAAAAGAAGAAGAAAAGGAAGAAAAAAGUAAUUCCGGUACCUCCAGGCGUUGGAGCUUGGAUUAGCAAAUUGCACUUUGCAGACAACGGAUUAGAUCUUAGUCUAUACAACGAUACCUCUGCCCCUCUUGGAAUUAUGAUGAUGCUUAAAAAUUUCAUCGCCAAUUCAACCUACCUUACCGAAUUAAAUUUGGAUGGAAAUUUGAUUGGUGAUCUAGGCGGUUUGGAAAUAAGAGAUGGACUAGUUAUGCGGAAAACAGCACGUCUGCCACAAUUAAAAAUAACGAUCGGUGUAAGAAUGCAAGCCGAAACAUUAACCAAAAUUCUCAAGCUUUCAGGACGAUUAAGUAAGAAAAGGAGACGGGUUAAAAAGAAAUAG